UGUACUUUGAUGGUUUCUUUGUCUCGCGAUUGGGCAGUAAAAUGGAUUCUAGGACCGGUGUCGAGCCGCCAGUAUCGGGGUUGUGACAACGGGCGUUAAGUCGCCCGCUUGCUGCGCACUAUACGUAAACCAUGGUACAAUGGCGCCAUAGCCGUACAGCUUUGUUCGACUACUGGCGCUACAUACAUGUACAUGUACAUGUACAUCAAGAAUCGACGUAGGCCUGCGUACUUGUACACGUGAAUGGACUCAACAUGCGGGGUCCCAGUUACUGUGUAGUGUGCUUUGCUCAGCGGCGGUGAUUGAAAAGCCUGAUAAACUGGUCACGUGUAUACAUGUACGAUGUACAUGUAGGGUUCAUUUUCAGAUCGGAUCCGCAACACGAAGCCCGCCCAGGGAUCAUUUUCUGUACUAUUCUACACCAUGGCUUGUGUCUGUUGCAGUGCGGUAGCCAUGCAUGACCUCAGCGAAGGCUUGUGGAGUUAGCUCCAGCUGUUGGAAACGAGAAAAUUCAGUGAUGAAUUACAGCUCUAGGGCAACCCUUGGACACCACUGCCCCAUGAUGUACCUGCUUGGUGUACUGGGAAAAGUCCCUACUGAGAAUUUGAGGGCACCCUUAUAAGGACUGAUGUCUUCUGACACUGCUCCCCAUGUGCACUUUUCAAACACUUUACCACGUAAAGGACAGAACAGAAAGGGAACCAAGGAUGUUUCCCUAUCCUUUAUAGAUGUUCUGAGUCACCAAUGGUUACCACCACUCUGGUCCAAGCAGAGGUUGUACCGGUACGAGUUGGCUGUGAGACGAGAGCAACAUGGAAGUGGGAAGGAGCAAGCCCAGUGGCCAAGAUGCCGCCCAAGAUGGAGCGACCAGUAAGAGCAGCUCAGAGAAGGCUGAGGAAGAGCGGAACCCAGCCAUGAAUAUUGCAUCAUCAUGCCAGGAGCAAGUAAGGGAAGGAGCCUCUGAUUCUGCUGCCAAGAUCACCACAAAUACUCUGCUCAGACAGCAAUCCAAACAUGACACAAACCCUCAGUUGGGCAUUGACACUCAGAAAAUGCCUGGUUCUCAUCAGACGCACAUAGUACCCUUGAGCAGAUACAUUGUUGGUCAAGGCACCAAGCAUACACCGGCAUCUGUUAGUGGUGCUUUUGGCACUUUGGUGACAAGCACUUCAAAGGAGAAACCUGUUCCAGCUGUACUGAUAAGACAAGGAGGCCAGCCUGAUAAACUUGUGCUUAUGCAAAUACAUCCAUCGGGAGCAAGAGUCAGUGUAGCAUUACCCAGAGGAAUGAGUUGGUCAGUCGAACCAGUGAAGCAAAAUGUGAGAAGAUGUCAAGCUCAACCGUAAGCUGUAAUGAGGAAACCAUUGACAGGGGAGGAGACAGUAAGUCCUCUUCCUGUUUGAAUCUCUCAACCUCAAACAUUGUGGAUGCAGAAGUGGCAAAUCUCCAAGAAAAAGAUCCAGUCAAAUCAGUUCCACCAGUCACCAGUCAGCAGAUUACCAAGACCUUGGAUGAGCGCUUCUUAGGUCAUUUGGGUCUGAGGAAAAUUGACAAAGAGUGUCAACAAGGUGGUUCGAAAACAGAGAAUGCUGCAAGCAAGAAAGAUUCAGGCAAGGAGUACAUUGGGAUUGGAGUAGAUCAGCAAGGAGGUGCUGGUGGAAGUAUGUCAGGGGAUGGCCAGAACUCCAAGGAAGAUUCUGAUCUACAGGUGAAGGGUUCAUCAAGGCAAGCAUCUCAACCAAAGGUUCUACCAGCCAGCCAACCACUGAAGGCUGUCUCCGAUGUAUCAAAGUUCUCCACAAUUAAAGUGAUCAGUCCCGUCGGUGAAAACAGCAGCCUAGCAGAGCUAGACAUCUCUGGUAUGAACAAUGGGAUCAGUAAAGAUGGCCAGGGUGCUAGUAUUCCAAGCAGUAAUUCACUUUCAAAUCCUGUGAAAAACUCGCCAAUCUACAUCAAGGUCAAACUGGAGGAGAAGGACGUUACAGUCAUUUGUUGCCCUGUUGCACUGUUGCUGCAACACAAAGAGAUCCUAGAUGUGACUUUGCAGGCCAACGAUCCAAACAGCUACUCCAUCACAUGCCGCAAAUGUUCACAUGUGGUCUCUGAUCCCUACACCAUGCUGCAGCACCUUAAAGUACAGCAUCAGAUUCAGGGGUGCCUGCAGAAGCUUCUGAAUCUGAAUAGUCAAUACCUGAGCUGCAUGAGCCAGCCAUUGUGUGUAAACAUUACUGGUGUAUUGACUCUACCCGAUGGUCUCUCCGACAUGGAGCAAGGUAUUAUACGCUUUAACAGCAUGGGCAUCCCGAAACUGAGUUUUGUCUGUCGGCUCUGCCCACUGAGCUUCCACACUGCAAGGGGACUUUGUGCUCACCACCAGUAUUUCAUCAGGUCCAGGAGCCAACAAACCAGUGACAACUCUAUGUGGUUCUGUAGACUGUGUCCUCGGCAGUUCCAGAGCUUUAUGGACUACUAUGCCCACCACAAAUGGAUGCGUGUGGCCAAAGAAUUGUUUGUCAGCACAGACCAAGUCAACAAGAGGAAGAGGUUUGAAGUCAUGAAUGAGUCGGGAAAGGUGGUAGCUAGCAUGGAAGUCCCAAAGACUCACAGCUUUGCUAUCAAGCCAUGGCCAGUAACUAACCCUGAUUCCUGUGAGGACAUCGGCUGGGGCCACAAACCAAGUCUAAAUGACAGAGCCCCUCAAGGUAAAGUGGAGCCACUUAUCCCAGAAGCUGAUGAUCAGGCAUUUUACAUAGAUGCUGGGACUCCAGGACCCAGCACAAUCACUCUGGUGUCAACUCCAGAUGGGAUUAGUUCUAAACAACCAGAUGAAGCAGACAAAGGAAAAAGGAUGACUCCCCCUCUUUUUCAGACCCUGGACAGUCUGUGUCGGAGGCUUGCCCAAAGAGUGGACACCUCAACCGGCUUGGACAAAGUGAUCUCCGUAGGGGACAAGCAGAUUGACGAAGACCACGAAUAUCUCUGUGGUAUAUGCCACAAAACCUUCCCUAGAUUGCCUCAGAUGCAAGGUCACAUGGGAAGUCAUGUCAGGAGGCGCCGGGCCAACAAGUAUGCACCCCCUCCCCCUGUUGCUGUUGCCUCCUCCCCAGCUGACCCACCUAGUGUUGAGCGAGCCCCUACAGUUGAGCCUCUUGACGUGGAAUAUAAAUGUGGCGUCUGUAGUGAGACCUUCCCCAAGCUGGACCAGAUGGAGAUCCACAUGGAAUGCCACAACAGGCCACAUCAGACCACCCAACCACCAGUGAAGUCACCACCAAUGAAGUCCCUGGACACCCCUUUUCUUGAGACUGUUAAGUUGAUGUCACUGACUUGUGACAUCUGCCACUGGAGCUUCCCUACAGAGCGUAAACUAUGGGAUCACAGGAGCACUCACGCUCAGAAGAAGACAGAAGAGACAGGGUCCAGCAUGUCUUCAAGAGCCUCCGGAGGUAUUCAAAGGAAGACCCUGUAUGUCUGUGUGUACUGUAAAAAGUCAUUUGCCAGAGAAGUGAAUUUGAGGUUUCAUUUGAAGAAGCACAGUACAGAGGUUGCUGAUGAGUCCAGUCAGACAACUGGAAACGUCUUGACCAGUCCAGACAUGCAGGCCCAGCAUGCUUGUUCUGUUUGUGGCAGAGCAUUUCGCUCACACAGGCAGCUUAGAAGUCACAUGGUUUGGCAUGCCAAAUUCCAUAAAGGAGCAGAUAAACCGCCAGUCUCCCUUGUGGAAGCAGGUGGUGCUUCCAAGAAGUCACUUGUGUGCAACACCUGUGACAAAGUAUGCUGCUCUGAUUGGGAACUGCGACUUCACAAGAAGAAGCAUGCCUCACCAAAGAGGUUGCUUGUCAGACACACCUUAGCCAAUGAAGAUUCAGACCCGGCAAAGAAAAGGACCCUCGCACAGCGGGCUUGCAAUCUGAAUAACAAGGAGGGAGUGUCAGAUACAGCGGCGCCAGGAAGCAGUACACUGAGAAGGUCCACCAGACCAAGGAGAGAGGGCCUGUACAAGUACUUCUGCAGGAACUGUCGUAGUUAUUUCCAAUCAAGUCAGCAGUUUGCAAGACACAUGGCUGUGCAUACGAACAUGGCUGGCCCAAGCCACAGGACAUCCCCAGGCAGUCCUUCAAACAAAACCAGAGGUUCAGAUAGUGGCCAAGUGCUGAUGCAAAAGCAGAGUGAUGGUGAUGUAAGUGAUGAUUCAGGUGGUGGGAUAGAUAUGAGUUGGUCACCAUCGCCAAGUUCAGCCGAUGAGCAACCCCCACCAAUUGACAAACUUGGCUCAGACACCAGUGAAAUACUUACAGAUAAAAAGGUCAGUGAAGAAAAUGAGAACUGUGUAACCACUGAAGAUUCAGGUCCAGCAGUAGAGGAUACAAGUCAGAUAUUGAAAGAGACUGCAGCUGAUGAACAAUCCCCACAUAGCAGUGCCAAACCAACUGAAAAACAAAACACAGAUCCUGUUAUGAGCUCCGCUGUUUGCAAAGGAGCAAGUGCUGAGAUGAAGGAAAAAAUACUCGCUUUGAAUCAAGGUGAAGCAGCUGAGGAACAGUCCGUACCACUCUGCUCAGAUUCAAAAGUUUGCGAGGAUGUAGAUGUACUAAUGACUGCUGCAAAUCAGGUGACAGGUUCAAACAAGUCUUCUGCAGGAUCUGAAGGUCUCAAAAUACUCUCGCAGAGCAAGAAACUAUCUGCAAACUCCUCCAUUUGGGAUGGCAUCAUGCCUAAUGUUGAGACACAGCCAAAAGCACCAUCAAUAGUGCUCUUGGAGGAUUGCCAAGUAAAGAAACAAGACAGAGAUCUGAAAACUCAAACCCAAACCACAGUUUAUGAGAACUCCAGUUCAGUCAUGGUGAGAGUGAGCCCUGAAGGAAGCAGAAUUGCUCCCGAUGAGCAGGCAUCUGAGACUAAUGAAGCCCAUCUACAGACAGAUGAUCAAUCUGGAAAGGAGCUCUCUACUGAUGCCUCUUGUCAAAACACUGUGGAUGACACGUCUAAUACUGUGACACAAAAGAAAGACAAAGGAAGUGGACUAAUUUCAACUGAAGAAUGUUCAGCAAGCCCCUCAUUCAAUAAGGGGCAUGUUGAGGCCACAGAAAGACCAGUGCAGAAAAACAUUGGGGGCCCACCCAGUACUUCCUGAAGACGUUGCUACAACAAUGAAACAG